AUGAGCACACAGCUGAAUCAGAUUAGUUCAAUCAAGCUAUUCAGGUUCACCACUGGUGAAGGGCUGGAGUACAUGCUGAACAAGACUGUGGCCAGGCAUAUUCAGGUACCUUUAGGUCUUGCAUGGGCACUCACCAUCCAUAAAAGCCAGAGCCAAACUCUCAAUAAGGUCAUAGUUGAUCUUCACAAAUGCUUGCAGAUAGCUAGAUCUAAGGAAGGGUUAGAAAUAUGUCACUUCAACUCAUCUAAAGUCUUUAUCAACAAAGCUUUGUAUGACUGGUACCUACAAACAUUCAAGUCUAGACACAUCAAUGGUUCUCAAUUUAAACACGCAAGUCCUUACAACUCAACCUCAAUUAUCAUGCCUAUGGCUGGGGUUUAA